AUGGCGAAGCACAAGGGCGAGCCGUGGGGACCGAUGAAGAUCGGGUUGGGGAUCGCGAUGGGCAUGUUCGGAGCUCCCAAGUCCGAGGCUCGUGACAGUCGCCCUCGGCGCGGACCCGACCCCCUCCUAACCGGCCCGAUUCCCUACGACGAGUGGCGCAAAAUCUUCAAAAAUGCCCCUAUCCCCCUAUCGACCUUACCCGAAAAGUGUCCACCCGACCCUCGUGACCCUCGGGAGUUCGACGAGGCCUCGGACGACGAGGCCUCGGACGACGAAGGCUUUCGUGAGGCUUUCGCAAAAAGGCUUAGGUGA